AUGUCAGACAGAUAUCAAGGCUCAGCAUACCGUCGUGGAGGCCCACCUCCUCGCGAUGAGCGACGCUAUGCUCCACGCAAUCACAGGGACGAGCACGACUUGCCCAAUGCAAGACCCUACGGCGGACCGCGCGACCCAUACCCACAUUCUUACUACGCUGAGCCGCGCGGCUACGGCUCAGGUCGUCCACCACGUCGUGUACACAAAGCUAUUCCACCACCCAGGCCAUGGGACUACACUCGUCGACCACUGCCUCGCAGCGAGCAGGAAAGGAUAGAGCUUGAAAGGGAGCGUGAAGCGUGGGAGGCGAAGGAGGCGGAGAGGUAUCGUCAGCGGAUGGAAGAGCGGGAACGCGAGAGGGAGAGAGAGGCCCAGCGAGGUCAUCCUGGCCCUCACUCUGGGUGGGACCAUGAGUAUGAAGCGGAUGGUAGGAUAUAUGGACCUCCAGAGGGAUACGACCGUGAUCGAGUAAGGCAUCCUGAUCAUGCUCCGCUUGGCCCUCGCCGACCACGCUCGAGGAGCCCAGGACACGAUCCACGAUAUGCAGAGAGAGGUACGUGGGGAAGAGCUUCCAUCGGCUCGGCCGAAGGCAGGGAACGAGUUCUGGACCGUCUUGUAGCUGCUCCUGCGGCAGACCGUGUUGCGGAAGCAAGCGGAUACCCGGACGAAGCGUAUCAUCGACGAUCGCCACCACCUUCCGCACCCGCCUCGCAUCUUGAUACACCAGAGGCUCAACGCUAUGCAGCUGCGUCAGAACAACCCGGAUCGCCGCCUCAAGGACCCUCUCGUGGUCCAGCAGCACGUACAGCAGCAGUAGAUGGACCAUUAACACCUGGAUUCAGCUCAACCCCUCCGACGGGCCCACGAGCAGGUCCUGGAGGAUACGGUCGACGAGGUGGACCGCCUCUGCACUCGCCGGCCUUCCGUGGUGGUCGAGAGGGCACAGGCUCUGCAGGUCCCUACACGCCUGGAUCAGACCGAGGUGAUCGUGAGGCUAGCAGCUACCUCAGCCCUUCCAAUGCCAGAUUCCCUCGUUCAGCGCGCGAUGGUCCCAUCCCAUCUGGCCCGUACCGUGGCGGACACCCAUGUUUUAGCCGUGGAAGGAGAAAUACCAAUCCGUACGACUCGCACUUUGCGGCUGCAGUCAGCGAAGAAGAAGCAGCAGCAUAUCGAGCAGGCUACAGCACUACACACGCAGGUUCUUCGCCACACGAAGCAUCAGCCUUCCCACCUUCUACCUCGACUCCCGGCAGUGGUCUCACAGCACCCCGUCUUUCCCGCACAUCCUCCUCUCAAACCCCAGCCACUCCGACCACCGCCAUUCCCACCGGUCCAUCCGCCGGCACCACCACCUCUGCCGUCGCUGGCAUAGGCUCCCCUUCCACCCUCACCCCCAACCUGCCGACUUCAACUUCAACUACGGUUCAUUUUAGUGCAGCCUACAAACUCUGCCCUGACCUCGACGCAGAUCUUCAAGCGAUCGAAGCUCAACGCAACACCUUUAUUUGCAACCACAUCCUUGGACCUAAACGUGCCGCGAUCCGAACUGUUCGUAUGGAACUCAAAGAUGCAGAGUUGGAUCACGCUACAGCUAUAAGUCGAAGACAAGCGGCUGAGAGAGCAUUGGAAGUAGCGAGAGAAACGGCAGAUGCUUAUAGUUUGGAGGAAAAUAGGAAGGAAGAAUUACAACGAUUGUUGGCUCAACAGUUGCAACAACAACAGCAGCAACAGCAGGCUGCUGCAACGGCUGUUUAG